AAAGUAUAUAAGCAGGGAACUUUCUGGAACUUCACAAAAUCUUCCUCUGAGAUUCUGGAGGCAACGAUCUAAAAACCAAGGUUCAUCAUGGCAAUUCUGAGAAGUCUCCUUCUUCUUUGCAUUGUGUUCUCCAAUGUAGAUGUUAAUUUGGCUGAAAAAUGCCCUUAUGGAUGGACAAAUUUUGGAGUCCAAUGCUACAAGUUCUUCCCUCAGACGGUUAACAUGAUCACAGCAGAGAGAAACUGCCAAAGUCUUGACUCAAAUCUCGCAUCUGCGCACAAUAAAAUGGAAAACGAUUUUCUGCUGAGUCUGUUGCCUUCUUCCACGCGCUCUUGGAUUGGUGCUCAUGAUGCUAUACAAGAUGGACAGUGGGUGUGGAGUGAUGGAACUACAUAUGACUACACUAACUGGUGCUCUAUUGAACCUAAUGGCGGUGGUGGCGAGAACUGUGUUAUGAUUAACUGGAACCCUAACAACGCUUGCUGGGUCGAUAUAGCCUGUUCGUUUUCAGCUGGCUUUGUUUGUGCUAAAGACCUGUGAGAUCAUAUGCAGUCACCUGCUCCACAGUUACUUUGAUUGUACUACAUUUACAUUUUUCUGAUCUUAUCUUUACAAAAAAAAAAAAAGUUAUUCUGAAAUUAAGCUUUAUUUAAAUUUCUUCUAAACUUUAAUCUCUUCUCAAUACCUUCUCUGAAACUUUUACAAUCAAAUAAAUAAUAAAUUAAUAAAAGCAUUGAUAAAGCAAA